AUGAGCUCCACUACCCGCCAUCAUGAGUUUCCGGACGGACAAUUUAGUAACUAUGAACAAGUCUAUCUCAAAAUGUCUAGAGCUUUCAGUCACCUGGAAAAAGAGCACUGGGGCAUUCAUUGCGUCUGCUCAGUGGCUCAGCAAGCGCCAAACCGGUCGACAUUCAGCGAGUCUCUCCGCACAGCUUGGAUGCAGUUACUAGUCGAGUAUCCCGGACUGAGCAUGAUCCCAGUUGGACUGCAGAAGAAAUACUCCAGACUAGAUGAUACUGGUAUACAGUCAUGGGCAGAGAAUACAUUCUUCGAAACGGGCCAUCUGUGCGCUGAUACAAUCAUCAGCGAAGCCAAGCCAAAAGAUCUACCGAGUUUAUAUUGGAUUCCCGCCUCAUCUGAAAUUUUGCUUUCCAUUCAACAUUGGCGAGUAGACGCUCUGGGGGCUUGUAUGUUAUUGGAUAGACUGUUUGAGAUCAUGGCCGGAUCGAAUGAUCAUUCCACACUGCACGAUGAAGUCCGGCAAAAUCUGCCCACACCGAGUUUCGAAUCCGCCGCAGGAGCCUUGAAGACUGAGGAUGCAGGGGUACAAGCGUAUGCUCGUGAAUACAUCAAUACUUUUCAUCAGAAGGCCGUCAAUGCUGGAGGAUUGCCGUUUCAAGGAGGAGCAACCACACCACCCUCCCGCUCCACGCACCGGGACUUGGAAUUCUCGGCGGACGAUACGAAUGUCAUCAUGAACGCCUGCAAGAACAAGAAAAUAAGUGUUACCGCGGCAGUCCACACGGCUCUGGCACGAACUGUAUUCUCAUACCUGACCCAGAAGGAGUGCCAGGCAGGCUAUACAACAGUGAUGGCUGUCAACAUGAGACCAUUCCUGCCUCCUCCCUUUGAUGGUAGGAAACACGCAUGUCAGACAUUCGUGGCAAGCAUCACGCCGACCGUACAUUAUGACAGCGGAUUUGUGGAAUCUGCGCGUGCCUUAACCGACGAAUAUCAUAAUUGGGGGAGUGCCGAAUUCAUGCGGUCACUUUGGUGGAUCUAUGUGUAUCACCUUGCCAAAGUUUCGGCGCCACGUGUGAAUGGAGCUCCUGGGAAGCCUCCAAGUGGCGUGACGCUGAGUAGCCUUGGCAUCAUAGAUCGGAAUCUUCGAAGCGAUUAUGGACCAAAACUUCAGAUUGACAAGUUUCGGUUUGGCGUUAGCAUGAUGACCAGACAAACGAUCUUGUAUGCCUGGACAUUCAAAGGACGACUGAGUCUUUCGCUCAACUAUAAUGAAGCCUACUACUCUGACUCAAUGGCGAGCGAAGUUGUGUCUCGAGUUGCAUGGCAUUUGAAAGAGGGGCUUGAAGUAGAUCUGAACAUAGCUUAA